CCCCGCCCUGUCUCGGCACUCAGCAGACGCGCCUGGGCAAGAUGGCGGCGCCCAUGGUGGCGUGUCGGUGAGCGCGGGCUAUGCUGGCGCUGCUGGGCCGCGGCCUGUCCGGGCCGGCCCGCGCCGGGGCCGCCGUGCUGGGCAAGGCAGAGCUCGCCUGCAAUCCUGUGCUCCAGGCAGCCAGGGGCUAUGCCAGACCUGUGACAAAGAAGAAGAAAGACACCCCCAGCCAUCUGGAUGACCUUUCUCCCAGCAUGCUGAAGAAGGAUUAUGCCAAUCUCCCAAUAAUGAACAGUGUGGAUGAUGUAGUGAAACGGCUGCUGUCCCUGGAAAUGGCAAGUCAGAAAGAGAAGAUGAAGGUAAAGAUACAGCAGCUGGUGGAGAAGGUCAGGAGGUCUCCCAAUGACAAUGGCUCCUUUGAGGUGCAAGUUGCUAUUUUGACUGCCAGGAUACGCACACUCGAGGAGCACCUCCAGAGGCAUCCCAAGGACAAAAGUAACCGCCGGUUCAUGCUGAUGGACCUAGACCGGCGGAGGAAGAUGCUGGGGUACCUGCGCCGGGUCAACUACGGCACCUUUGAGAACACCUGCAAACAGCUUGGCAUCCAGUACAGCCCCCCCCAGCCCUACACCCGCCACGUCACCAAGCGCUGGCUGGUCAAGAAGGCUUUAUGCAUCAAGGUGUACCAGGAGAAGCAGAAGCUGAAAGCAGCUGAGAGACGGAAGCAGAGGAGAGAGAGGCAGGCAAGAGUAAGGACUGCACGGGAACAGCAGGAGAAGCAGGUGCAGGAGAAGCAGACACAGGAGGGGACGCCUGUGUAGUGGCACAGCCAGGCUGACAAUAAACACCUGCCCAAAGACCUCAA